AUGGCUGGCAAAUAUACCGCUAGGAUAGGAGGCGUGCUGAGAUGGCUCGGCUCAGCGGUUUUAAAUAUUUCCAGGCCAGAUCGUGCGCAGGCUCUUAUGGCUAGGUAUCAGGUCUUGGAUGAUCAAAUGGCGGAUUUAUAUGCGGCGUACCGUGCGGUUUUAGAAUUGGGUUUAGAAGCGGACGCCAUAAAUAAGAUCAAUGCCGACAUUGAUCAGGCCGACGACUUGGCCGAUCAAAUUGUUCAGGCUGUCGAAUGUCUCAGGGGGUCAAGCACUGCUGACGCGCGGGUUACUGCGGAGUCGGAGGCGUCACCAGCGCUUAUGAGCAGAUUGCCGCUGCUCGAUUUGCCACGUUUUAACGGGGACCUAGACCAGUGGGUCGCAUUUAGUAAUUUAUUUGAGAGCAUAGUUCACGGUCGUACGGAUUUGACCCCGGCUCAGAAGCUUGCUUAUUUGUUGGCAUCGUUGACGGGCGAGGCGAAGGGCCUUGUCCAACAUUUAGGCCUUGUUGAUGGCAAUUAUGAAAUCGCCCGGGACCUACUCAGCCGCAGGCAUCCACUUAUUUCCCUACCCCCAGGGAUUGUAAACUUAACUUCAGCUGAUUCAGAUUUUCAUGUUCCUGGAACUGUAGAUCUGCUUUUAGGUGCAGAUGUAUUAGGGUUGCUGCAAACAGGGGGUAGCAAACUUCUGCAAGCAGGAGGAUUGUCAGCAGUCUCAACUGACCUCGGUGAAGUUAUUAUUGGUCCAGCCUUUCCCGUGAGUCCCUCCAUGCCAAAUAUGGACGUCCAGGUUGGUCUCUCUCUCGCUGAUGCUGUCCAGCGGUUUUGGGAGGUCGAAGAACCACCCACAGCACCUCGUGACAACCCGGAGUAUCUAGAGUGUGAGGCGUUCUUCCAGAACAAUAUCGGGCGGCUCAGGUCAGGUCGGUUUGUUGCGCGUUUGCCCUUCCUUCCGUCCCGCGCUCCGCUUGGCCAGUCCAGGUUCUUGGCAGAGAAGAGAUUGAUGUCUAUGGAACGCCGUAUGAAGAGGGACCCCGUGUUUAAACAAAAAUAUCUAGACUUUAUGCAGGAGUAUUGCGACUUAGGCCACAUGUCAGUUUCCACAUUUGAUUGGCGUACGCAGGAACACUAUUUUAUUCCUCAUCAUGCUGUGUUCAAGGGAGAGAAGAUACGAGUUGUCUUUGAUGGUUCUGCUCCUACUUCUACCGGGGUCUCCCUUAACCAGUGUUUGCAUGCUGGCCCUAAAUUGCAUCGUGACAUUUCGGACAUUUUGACGGCAUUCCGCCGACACCAGGUCGUUUUUGUUGCGGACAUUAAAAUGAUGUUUCGUCAGACAAUCAUACAUCCGGAAGAUCGUCGAUAUCAGCUCAUAUUGUGGCGCGAUGAUCCCUCUGACCCUAUUAUGGCUUAUGAGCUGAAUACGAACACUUAUGGUCUUAAAUCCAGUCCGUUCAUCGCAAUCAGGACGCUUCUCGAAUUGGCGGAGCGUGAACGGUUGGACUUCCCUAGAGCUGCAGCUGUACUGUCCAGUGAUAUUUAUGUCGAUGACAUCUGUACCGGCGCAGCCAAUGAAAAAGAGGCGCUUUUAUUAAGAGAUGAGUUGAUUGGCAUCUUAAGGACUGGUGGUUAUGAGUUGAGAAAAUGGGUAUCCAACUCUCCGGCUCUCCUUGACGGCUUACCCAAGGAGCAUCAGCAAGAUCCUCAUCUAUUUCAGAACGUUGAUAAUCCUGACGCCAUUGCAGUACUCGGGGUGCAGUAUCAGCCUGUUCAGGAUGUCUUCACGUUUAGUGUACAGGAUUUAGACAUAUCCCGGGUUUGGACUAAGCGAUUGGUACUCUCCACAGUUGCCCGAAUAUUCGACCCCAACGGGUGGUUGACGCCAGUUGUGUUUUGGGCGAAGUGUUUCCUUCAAAAAUUAUGGUUGGAAAAUCUUACAUGGGAUAUCCCGCUCAAUGGCGAAUUGUUGUUGGCGUGGUCUCGUUUUGUCUCGUCCCUUCCGGACAUUCAAUUGGUUAAGAUAGAAAGAACAUUAUUACCUGCUGGUAAAUGCCGGGUGACUCUUCAUGGCUUUUGUGAUGCCUCGGAGUUGGGCUAUGCGGCUGCAGUCUACAUUCGUGCGGUUGACAGAAACGGUAGUGUUACCGUAAGAUUAGUUAUAGCUAAAAGUAAGGUGGCGCCUAUUCGGUCCCGGCUGACUAUACCAAAAUUGGAGCUCUCAGGAGCUGCUCUUCUUUCGAGACUCCUCAAUCAUGUUGUUUCCACCUUAGGUCAAACAGUGGCCUUCGAGAAGAUCUAUGCAUGGACCGACAGUCAAAUUGUUCUUUGUUGGCUUCGGGCGUCUGUUCAUGCCUUGGAGGUUUUCGUUGCCAAUAGAGUUUCCCAGAUUCGCGAUUCAACGGCUGUUAUUAAUUGGAGACAUGUACCAGGGGACCUAAAUCCAGCCGAUUGCGCUUCACGAGGUUGCGAAUCUUCAGUUAUUUUGAGUCAUCCAUUGUGGUGGGGACCAGUCUGGUUGUGUGAACCUGAAGGUUGCUGGCCCCAUAAUAUUGUCGACCCGAUUGAACCGUUACCAGGACUUCGAGUAUUAGCGGUGGAGUCGGAGCCGAAGCAAAAUUUAGACGAAUUGCUCGAACGGUUUAGCUCCCUUGAUAAAUUGUUAGGAGUGACGGGUUGGCUUAAACGGUUUAUUCACAACACUCGAAAUAAAUCCGAUAGACGGUUUUCUCCAGUGCUUACCCCGGAGGAAAGAAGGGAAGCAUUGUUGUUCUGGGUGCGGUUAGAGCAGAGUCAAAGUUUCCAAACUGCAAUCAAUAGUUUACGAAAGGGGGAUAAAUUAAAGGGUGCCAUUGCACGUCUUAACCCUUUUAUUGAUGACAAGGGUAUGAUACGGGUAGGCGGUAGAUUACGAAAUGCGGAGUUACCUUAUGCGGCUCGACAUCCCCUUCUGUUGCCCAAGGACAGCGUCCUGGUUGAAGGCCGCGAUAGUGCAACCACAAAUGGGUGA